CCCUCAAUCAUUCCUCUUUCCCCUCCUCCUCAAGCAUUGAGAACAUCAUCAUGGCCUCCGCUAUCAGAGCCAAUUGCAGAAAGGUUAUCUGCAUUGGCAGAAACUAUGCCGACCACAUCACAGAGCUGAACAACACCAAGCCCAAGCAGCCCUUUUUCUUCUUGAAGCCCGCUUCCGCUAUUCUCUGCCCCGGCGAGGGUCCUGUGCUGCGUCCUCAGGGAACCAACCUGCACUAUGAGGUUGAAUUGGCGCUGGUGAUGGGCAAGACCGUUCGGGAUCUGGACCCGAAUGAUGAUAAGGGUGCUUUGGAUGCGAUUCACAGCUACCUCCUCGGUAUUGACAUGACUGCUCGCAACGUCCAAGAAGAAGCGAAGAAGAAGGGCCUCCCCUGGACGAUCGCUAAGGGCUUCGAUACUUUCCUGCCUGUCUCUCAGGAGAUUUCCAAGGCCCGUCUUCCCGAUCCUCAUAAUGCUUUCCUUCGCUUGAGUGUAGGAUCGCAAAUGCGCCAGGCCGACUCCACUGGUCUGAUGCUUUACCGGAUCCCCAGACUUCUGGCGGAGAUCUCCCGUGUCAUGACUCUGGAGAAGGGUGACCUUGUCCUGACUGGUACUCCCAAGGGCGUGGGUCAGGUCAAGUCUGGCGAUGUCAUGAAGGCGUCCAUUGAGUACGAUGGCAAGGAGCUCGAGGAGGGUCGCAUCGAGGUCGAGGUCAAGGACCGUGAGGGUAGAUACCGGUACAGUGAGACCUAAACGGCUGUCUUGAACGAGAUAUAUGUAUCAGAUAGACAAUGUAUAUACAUACCCUGGUUCGGUUCCAAUAUAGACUAUCUGGAAUGAUAAAAAGUAAGUCGGUCCCUCAACGGCGAUACAUUUCCAUGACAAUGCGUUCAUCCUCUUCAUCAGCCGGUACAAUUGGUA